AUGGAUCACAUAAUGCAUGUACACCAGCACCAGCAAUGCGGCGACCAACGAGACGCCGCAAUGGCUACUACGGGCACGCGCAGCAGCGCCGCUGUCGGUGUCUCGCAGGUCGCCUUCGUGCUCGCCGCCGUUGCUUUCUUCUCCCUCUUCUCGUCGUCAUCCUUCGUGGCCGCCGCUAUCUGUGCUUUUUCUUCCUCUCUCCCUUCCGGUGCCGCCCUAUCAGCCCGCCUUGCGGCCUUGUGCGGCUUUGUCACGACCAAGAAGGCGCUCUUCGGCCUCUCCAACGCCAUCUUCCUCUUCCUCGCCGCCGACUGCCGCUGCUUCUUCCCCCGCGUCUCCAGCAUGGCCACCACAUCCAUGAGCGACGACGAUGUCGUCACGGCUUCUGAAUUGCCACCAUGUGCCGUUCAAGCUCGACCAUGUGCUUCUUAUUCAGGGAACCUUUACUACUGCUAUAACAACACCGAAGGUGCAUCAACGAAUUCUCCUGGAGAGCAAGGGAUUAAACGAGAAGAAGCACCGGUGUCGUCGCGGCUCGAAACAGCUGGGCUCAACGGAGACGAAGCCAACAUCGUCGCCUUGGAGACGGAGCAAACCUGCGGCGGAGUAGCUGAGGAGGAGCUAGAGAAGCUAGAGAUGGACGAGCUCAACAGGAAGUUCGAAGAUUUCAUCCAAAGCAGGAGGAUUACAUGGCUUAAGGAGGAGGAGGAGCAUGUAUUGCAAUGCCAACAGCAACAAGUAGUCUAA